AUGUGUCUAACUGCCCACUACAUUGAUUCUGAUUGGAAGCUUCAAAAGAGAAUUAUCAACUUUUGUACCAUGCCAAAUGGAAAAGGGGAAACCAUUGGGAGGUUGAUUGAGCAAUGUAUGCAUGGAUGGGGGCUUGAAAAGGUGUUCACAGUGACAGUAGAUAAUGCUGCUGCCAAUGAUUCAGCCUUGAGUUAUUUCAAACGGAGGGUGAAUGGGUGGAAGGGCGCUGUUUUGGACGGUGAAUUUCUCCAUCAGCAUUGUGUUGCUCACAUUGUUAACCUCAUUGUAAAUGAAGGACUAAAGGAGAUGCAUAGCUCAAUAACAGCAAUUCAAAAUGCUGUUAAGUAUGUCAAAUCUUCUCCUACAAGGUUACAAAAGUUCAAAGAUUGUGUGAAGCAAGAGAAAGUUAAAUAUAAAGGUUCGUUGGUUUUAGAUGUCCCAACUAGGUGGAACUCAACAUACAUGAUGUUAGAUGUUGCUAUUAAGUUCCAAAAGGCUUUUGAUAGAUAUGAAGAGGAGGAUGAAAAGUUCUUAGGAUACUUUUUGGAAGAAGAUGGUGGGAAGAGAAAAGUGGGACCACCAAUGGAGGAAGAUUGGGCAAAUGCUAAGGUUUUUGUUCAAUUUCUUAAGACUUUUUAUGAAGUCACUUUGAAAUUUAGUGCAUCACAACAUGUCACUUCCAACACUUUUUUCCAUGAGAUUUGUUCCAUUCAAAGACAGUUGAGUGAGCUGUGUGAAAGUCGUGAUUGCUUGUUGUCGACCAUGGCUUUCGGGAUGAGAAGGAAGUUUGAAAAAUAUUGGGGCAAUGGGGAAAAUAUUAACUAUAUAUUGUUUAUUGCUGUUGUACUUGACCCUAGAUAUAAAAGAGACUAUCUUCGGUACUAUUUUAGCAUGGUUUAUGAUGCUACCACAGCCUCUAAGUUAUGCAAAAAAGUGGAUGACACAUUGUCUAGUUUGAUGUCCUUUUAUGGUAAAGGGGUUGAUAAUGAAAAAAAUAGAGAAAUGGCAGCAAAUACUCCCAAAGAACGACCUGUUCAAGCGGUCAAUGAGUUGUUAAGUCAAUUCUUGAAGCAAUGA